AUGUGGUUGCCAGAUUACCAAAGAGGUAAGGAGGACAAGCUAAACACACCCGCUACGGGAGAUCUCGAAGACACUAGAGAUCCAUUUGGCUCUCCAGAGAAUGUCUCUAGAGAGGUAGCGCCUCAAGAUGUUUGCAAAGAGAAUCAAACCUACAUGACCUCCCGGUUCGAACACGCAUUUUCGGAGCACGGGCACACUGUAAUAAUCGGGGACAGCGAAAAUUCUCUCAAACGAUGCGAGGAUGAGCCGAUCCGGACACCAGGUGCAAUCCAAAGCUUCGGGGUGAUGAUUGCUCUAAGAGAGGAGUCUCCUAACCAAUUUGUUGUUCGUGCCGUGAGCGAAAACUCGGAACAAAUUAUUGGGUUUUCACCUCAAAGUCUGUUUGAAAUGGAAAGCUUCACUGAUCUCUUGAGAGCAGAUCAACAAGCCAUCUUUUUGGAACAUCUUGACUACGUUCGAGACGAUUCAUAUGACACAGUCAUUGAUGGCCCUGAGGUUUUUCUGUUGGCAUUACAAGGCCCAUCCGGCGAUCUUACUCGGGUUUGGUGUGCGACCCAUGUUAGUCAAGAAAAUAAGGAUAUCAUCAUUUCUGAGUUUGAACUGGAGGACGACCAGCUCAAUCCGUUAAAUGUUGAGGAUCAAAAACUCCCGGAAACUCCCACGAAUACUUUACAAACCAACCCGGCCCCAACGGAAGAACAAUAUAUCAAUAGCACGGUCAGUGCAAGUCAUUCAGUGCGUUCUAUACGUGAUGCGCGACGGAGGAAGGGAGAGGCCGCUGCAAUGCAAGUUUUUGGUACACUAUCUCAGAUUCAAGCCCAACUUUCGCAAGUAGCGGAGCAAGAAACAUUACUCAAAGUCGCGGCGGGACUAGUCAAGGAGUUGGUUGGAUUCCACCGAGUCAUGGUUUACCAAUUCGAUCAGAAAGCGAAUGGCCGUGUGGUAGCUGAAUUGAUGGACCCUAAUGUUACCGUGGACUUAUAUCAAGGGCUUCAUUUCCCCGCUUCAGAUAUCCCGGCUCAGGCUCGAGAGCUCUACAAAGCCAACAAGGUCCGAUUAUUAUACAAUCGAGACCAUGUUACUUCCCGAAUGGUCUGCCGGACCUCGGAGGAUCUUGAAACGCCUCUUGACAUGAGCCAUGCCUACCUUCGAGCGAUGUCACCAAUCCACUCCCAAUACCUUGCGAACAUGAAAGUGCGUUCAUCGAUGUCGAUUAGUAUUAAUGCUUACGAUGACCUUUGGGGCCUGAUCUCUUGUCAUUCAUACGGUGAUGAUGGCAUGCGCGUGUCUUUCCCGAUACGUAAACUGUGCCGUCUGGUUGGCGACACUGUGGCUCGAAAUAUUGAACGCAUCAACCAUACCUUCGAUCUUCAGGCGCGAGUUAUGGCGAAUGCUAUCCCAAAAGAAGCAGAUCCAUCCAAGUAUAUCGUCGGAUCCUCAGAUGACUUGUUACGGCUUUUCCAAGCCGAUUUUGGUAUACUCUCUAUUGGACAUGAAGCCAAGCUGUUCGGCGGCGAUUCAAAUUCACAAGAAGCUCUUGCUCUUUUGCAGUACAUUCGGCUACGAAAGGUGACAUUAGUACUUGCGUCGCAUGAUAUAGGAAAAGAUCUUCCCGACUUUGUUUUUCCUCCGGGAUUAAAACGAAUAUCGGGCUUGUUGUGUGUUCCGAUGGCGCCUAACGGGGCCGACUUCAUCGUUUUCUUCCGCGUUGGUCAACUCACUACGAUAACCUGGGCUGGAAAUCCAUACAAGCCUGCAGACGGUGGCAUCGGACCUUUAACACCACGCCAAAGUUUCAAAGAAUGGCGCGAGACAACCCUGAGCGAGUCGAAGCAGUGGUCGGAAUUUGAUAUCUCGACGGCCGGUGUCCUUGGGUCCGUAUACGGGAAGUUCAUUCAAGUUUGGCGGCAGAAAGAAGUUCUUAAACAGAACUCUCAGCUUACACGUCUAUUGCUAACCAAUUCAGCUCAUGAGGUUCGCACCCCACUGAAUGCAGUCAUCAACUAUCUGGAGAUUGCCAUGGAAAACACCUUAGAUGAGGAGACCCGCAAGAACUUGAUCCGAUCCUAUUCAGCUUCCAAAUCUCUCAUCUACAUUGUCAAUGACCUUCUUGACCUUGCCACUGAAAGCGGACAACAGCUUAUCAAAAUUGAGGCGUUCGAGUUAGCACCCACGCUGCAUGAGGCUUUUGACAUGCUGGCUGGGGAAGCCAAGCGAAAGGGUAUUUCCUACACGUUCAAAAUACGCUCCGGACUUCCAGAUGCAGUAUUAGGAGAUCAGCGUCGCUUGCGUCAAAUCUUUGUUAAUCUCAUUUCGAAUGCCAUCGAACAUACAGCAAAGGGUCGCGUGAGCGUUGAGACCUCGGUUUCUAGUAUUCAAGACGAUCACGCCUUGCUUGAAUUUUCUGUUGCCGACACUGGUUCAGGGUUGUCAAAACCUAGGCUCGAGCAGCUUUUUCAGGAGCUGGAAGAGGUUUAUGCAGAUGAGCAUUGGGUUGGAGACGGGCUGAAUGGCACAAUGAAUUCAAGUGGUGAGAGGCAACGUGUCCUAGGUAUCGGUCUUGCAUUGACCGCUCGUAUUGUGCACACAAUGCAUGGACAGCUCAUUGUGAAAUCUGAAGAGGGCAAAGGCAGUCGGUUCAAAAUUAUUCUCAAAUUUCGACUUCCAGGAGAGUCAUCCUCUCCUUCGCAAAACCCGACAGGAACCGAUUAUCUCGAUAUGCCAAAAUCACCAUCACUUCUGGAAGGGAAAUUCACUUUAGUGGUUGAUGAUGACAAAAAUCAAAACGAACCCACACAAGAGGGCUCUCUUGUCAACCCCACUAGUGAUGAUUCUGGACAUGGGAUUAAUCAACCCAAUCAGCACAAGCCUUCACUACCUCAAAACACCAUCACCGAUACCGAGGGUGGUGUACAUCACAAGCAACACAUGCCCUUACACCUGCCCUUACGAUCCUAUGACGAAUCCUAUGACGAAUCCAAGCAAUUACUUGAUUUUCAAUCAUCUCCUCAGCAACAAUUAGCCCAGGAAGUCUUUCAAGAGAGUCCAACAACUUCCAAAACAGAUGAAUCAGCUUCGUUUCCCAACAACAAGAGUUUGAACGUUCUCGUUGCAGAAGAUAAUCCGAUUAAUAGCAAGAUUCUGCUAAAGCGAUUGACUAAAAUCGGCCACGCAGUCCAACUGACCAACAAUGGAGAAGCAUGCUUGGAUGCUUUCUUGUCGGAGAGCAAACCUGUCGAUGUGAUCCUGAUGGACAUUCAGGUUCGUCAAAGCCAGAUGUCAAAACAUAAUCUCUUGGUCUUGACUAACAGAGUCUCACAGAUGCCCAUUGUCGACGGAUUGACAGCUACAAGAACGAUUCGUGAGGCCGAAUCCAACAUCUCAAAGUCACCUGUCGCAAGUAGAAACAAUCGAUCCAAUCGGGUUCCCAUUUUUGCAGUAUCAGCAUCUCUUGUUGAGAGGGACGAGAGGGCGUACAUUGACACUGGUUUUGAUGGCUGGGUCAUGAAACCGAUUGACUUUACAAGACUGAACACAAUCUUGGCCGGUAUAGAUGACCCAGAGGCUCGCGAAGGCCCUACCGCGACCAGAGAAUGGGAAACAGGCGGGUGGUUUACAUGA